GGAGUAUGUACUAUUAUGUGUGUCCGUGCAUCUAAAACUGCACUAAUAUAUGAAUACAACGACUCGUGUCCUCUAGGAACAACUGAUGACGUCACAAGCGUGUUCAGCUGGAUUGCCGCUAUAUUUGUAAAGAAUGGGACCAAUCAGUUCCAAUAUUACUGCGAUGGGGCUCUUUUAUCCACCAAUAUUAUUGUAACAGCUGCACGCUGUGUGAAUUUCACGCGAGCUGAAGACAUCGUUGUUAUAUUGGGCAAGGCUUCUCUACAAAAUAUGAAAGAAAAUGAGAAAAUUUUAAAAAUAUCAGAAGUUCUAGUACACGAAAAUUUCACGAGCUCAGAUAAUGAUAUCGCGGUAUUGAAGACAGAAGAUGAAGUAGACACAACCCAGACAAUAUCUUUCGCUUGUCUGACUGAUGGACAGGAGUUCUCUGACGCUGCCACGACAGGUUGGGCGGUUUCGGGAGAAUUAACGGCCAUACAUUUUGACAAAGACAAGAGUCAACAGUGCUUGGCGGAAGACGUUUGUGCUGUCUACGGGAAUGAUAUUACCGUAUGUCCCAGUUUUGGCGGUGUGUACGCGGUGAAGCAAGGUGGCUGGUACCUCCACGGUAUUCGCACGGAGAUCGAACCCUUUGACCAGAGCUUGUGUCUCAACAAACCCCUUCAUUAUACACCACUCAACCUAUAUUCAGACUGGAUUUAUAAUCUUUAAGAAAAUAUACUAUUUUUGUAAA